AUGUCGCAAUAUGCUAAUAAAAGUCAACCUGCCUAUGGUAAGUAUUUUAGGAGAAACGAUGGUGUAUGUCAAGGUUAUGUUAAUUCAAUUUCUUGGGGACUUGGAGGUGAUGCACGAAAAACUAGCGUAGAACUACCAGAUCCAUUUAGAGUAGAAGUAGGUAUACAUCCUGAGGAUGUUCCAAAGGAAUACGAUGAGGAGAAAUGGUUUAUUAAUGUUUUGGCUAUUGACACACGUGGUACAGAAGAUAAGAAAGGUUGUUCCCAAUGCAGAUGUGAUCUUUAUAAUGUCAAAAGUCAAGAUUUGAAAAACACAACAAGCAUUGAUGGAAAAUCAUUGUUUAGUAGUGAUUACAAAGGAGGAAUUUUUUGUUGUGAGAAAAAAUCUCAAUGUAAAUUACAAAAAGGAUACAAAAAAGAACAAAAGAGAAAAGUUACCCUUAAAUAUACAAUAUCAUGGGUUGAAUGGGAUCAACACCAAGUGCCUCUUAAGUUUUAUAUUCUUGAUGUUACUGAUCAAGUGACAUAUAAUGGAUCAAAACCAAUUCAUAAUUGUGCAGUAGAGUAUUCUAUAAUUCCGGAAAAGGCUAAUGAAGAACAGUACUAUAUCAAAAAAACAAAUGUUCCAAUGGAAAAAGGUGGUAAUGUCAUUUAUACUACUGCUCACAUACAUUCAGGAAUUGUUAAUGCAACUUUAUAUGGAGAGGAUGGAAGAAUAUUAUGUGAAAUUAAGGCGAUUAGUGGAAUGGGAAAAGAGGCAGGAAAUGAAGAAGGUUAUGCUAUUGGAGCGUCUGGGUGCUACCCAAAACCAGGCUCUAUGAAGAUUAAAGAUGGUGAAAUUUUAACUAUAGAAUUUGCACAUGAAAACAAAUACACUACUGGACUUAUGGGGCAUUUUUAUGUUUAUUUGGCAGAAGAGUUGCCAAAAUCUUUUUAA